AUGGCAGACAAGCCAGCAGUGGGGGAAAUUGCCAGCUUCAAUAAGGCCAAGCUGAAGAAACUUGGGAUGCAUGAGAAGAACACCCUGCCAACCAAAGGAAACUUUGAAUAA